CUUCCUUACAACCAUUUUCAGAAAAGAGGACCAGCAGGUUGAGACAAGAUGCCUGCAGCUGUGCAGCAGAUUGGAGACCCCACCCUCCCUGUCCAGUCCGCCGGCAUCUGCAAGGUGUCUUCAGAUGGGAUCGGCCUCUGUCCUCCAGCUUCUCCACCUCCCGCCCUUCCUCCGGCACCUGCCCUCCGCUCACUGGUCCCUCCUCCCUGCCCCGUCCUCUCCUCUGACUCUUGCCCAGCACAUCCCUCCCCACCACCCCAUCCUCGCCUCUGCGUCCUCCCGCGCCCCGCGGAGGAGGGAACCCGCGGAGGCCGCUGGGAGAUGGAGAAGCGCCCUGGACCCCGGCCCGGCUCGGCGGGAAGGGCGGAGGAAUCAGUGACUCUCAGGGACGUGACUGUGGACUUCACCCAGGAGGAGUGGCAGUGGCUGGAGCCGGCCCAGAAGGACCUGCACAGGGACGUCAUGCUGGAGAACUACAGGAACCUGGUCUCGCUGGACUGGGGGACUAGACCUGAAAUGAAAGAGUCGGAUGCUAAGGACGACACUGUGAAGAGCAAGGCACCCGCCGGGGCAGCCUUGGGAGGGCCCCAGAGGACCUGCGCCCAGGGAGGAGCAUGCGUGCAGGGCGGCUGGGGCGCGGGGCCUUGUGGGGAGCGCCAGCCCACUGUCCAGGGCGGCAGUCUGGCAGAGGGCCUUGCCUCCGAGGGCCCGGGGUUGAAAGUCUCUACCAACCAGAGUUGCCCCCGGGACCGCCUACCGCUGGAGGUGCCCAAGAAGGGGGCCUGCGCAUUUGGGAUGCUUGGGAAACGUCCCAGCGGCUCAGGCCCUGGCAAGUGCCUGGCAUCCUACAGCUGCCAAGAGUGUGGCAAAGCCUUCAGUCGGAGUUCGUCCCUCAUAAAGCACCAAAGGAUCCACAGCGGCGAGAAGCCCUUCCGCUGCGACGUGUGCGGGAAGCCCUUCGUCGAGCGCUCAUCUCUCACCAUCCAUCGGCGUGUGCACACGGGGGAGAAGCCAUACGCGUGUGGGGACUGCGGCAAGGCCUUCAGCCAGCGCAUGAACCUCGUGGUGCACCAGCGCACGCACACGGGUGAGAAGCCCUACGCGUGCCCUGUGUGCGGUAAGGCCUUCCGCAAGACCUCGUCCCUCGCGCAGCACGAGCGCAUCCACACGGGCGAGAAGCCCUACGCGUGCGGGGACUGCGGCAAGGCCUUCAGCCAGAACAUGCACCUCAUUGUGCACCAGCGCACGCACACGGGGGAGAAGCCAUACGUGUGCCCCGUGUGCGGCAAGGCCUUCAGCCAGAACAUGCAUCUGACAGAGCACCAGCGCACGCACACGGGGGAGAAGCCGUAUGCGUGCAAAGAGUGUGGCAAGGCCUUCAACAAGAGCUCCUCGCUCACCCUGCACCAGAGGAACCACACUGGCGAGAAGCCAUAUGUGUGCAACGAGUGCGGCAAGGCCUUCAGCCAGAGCUCCUACCUCAUCCAGCACCAGAGGCUCCACAUCGGAGUGAAGCCCUUCGAGUGCGCGCAGUGCGGCAAGGCCUUCAGCAAGAACUCGGCGCUCACGCAGCACCAGCGCAUCCACACGGGCGAGAAGCCCUAUGAGUGUUAUGUCUGCAAGAAGCACUUCACCGGGCGCUCCUCGCUCGUCGUGCACCAGAUUGUGCACACGGGCGAGCGUCCCUUCAAGUGCAGUGACUGUGGCAAGGCCUUCAGCCAGAGCGCGUACCUGAUCGAGCACCAGCGCAUCCACACUGGCGAGAAGCCCUACCGCUGUGCGCAGUGUGGGAAGUCCUUCAUCAAGAACUCCUCGCUCACAGUGCACCUGCGCAUCCACACCGGGGAGAAGCCCUACCGCUGCGCCGAGUGUGGGAAGACCUUCAGCCGCAACACGAACCUGACUCGGCACCUGAGAAUCCACACCUGAGCCCAGGGGGCCUC